AUCAUUUCAGACAGUGCUUGGAGGCAGCAAAGACUUCCAGCUUAUAGACCUGUUAUAACCGCCUAUAAUACUUUUCCUUGGGUGGCAAUUGUUGGAUGUCUGUGUCUUGCUAUGGGAAUCGUACUGAAAUUCGCUAUGGAUGAGUCGUUGGAGCUUGUAAUUGAGUACACGAAUUGUACGACCAGCACGGGAUAUUCCACCGAUCAGCUCGAAGAUUUCUCUUAUCCAGACGGUUCCACGCAGUGCCACCUUACGUUCUCUAUCACUGAGAACUAUACAGGAGACGUCAAAUUCUACUAUGGUCUCCGAGAAUUCUAUCAGAAUAAUCGAAUGUAUGUCGAUUCGCGAAAUGAUCUCCAGUUAUUAGGUAAUCUUGGCAAGGUGUCUGGUUGCAGCCCGUUGGAUUACCUAGAUGGUUUCGACAAUAUCACAUAUGCCCCAUGUGGAUUCGUGGCCAAUUCCAUGUUUAACGGUGAGUUGAAGAAGUGUACAAAAUAG